AUGGAAACCAGGAGGAGUCUAAGAGAAAAAACAAAACAAAAAGACAUCGAAGAGAACAAUAGUAAAACAAAGGGAAAAAAUGAUGAUAGGAGAAUAAGUAGGAAUAGUGGAAAUGAAAACUGUAGUAUUGAUUUUCCAUGGAAUAAGGUUGAAGAUAAUGUAGUGAGAAAGAAAUAUAACAACAAAAAGGAAGAAAAGGCAAUAAAACUAGUUAAUGAGCAGAGGGGGAGGGAGAGUGAUAGAGGUUUUAGGAAAGACUACAAGGAAGAAAUGGCAUGGAACAAUUUAGGAAAAAAUGGAAAAGAAGAGAAAGUUGAAAAUUGGAAGGGGGACAAUGCGAAGGAGGAUAAUGGGGAUAGGAAUAAAAGUGGAAACAGGGAUGGAGAUGAAAGUAGGGACUGCAAUGGAGGUGAUGUCAAUAGGUGUAGAAGAAAAAGCAGCAACUGGAACAAUGAUGGGAAAAGUAAAAAGAAUUCAAAGGCCAUCUUAUCAGUUUGUGUUGAAGAAGAAAACGAGGUGAUAGAAUGUAGUGAAACAAUUAAAAAAGGAGGCAUUAAAAAAAAUAAUUCUAAAUAUAAGAAGAAGAAUAGUCAGAUAAAUAAAACUCAUGACGAUAUGCAUGUAGAAGUGUGUAAGGACAAAGAAAGAGGAAAUGGGAAGGGUCAAGGUGAAGGGAAUGACGAAGAUGACAACACUGAGGAAGUUCUAUUACAUACAAAAAGGAAAGAAAACAGAACAAGAUCAAGUAUGUUACUCAGGAGGCAGAGUAGUAAUACGUAUGAUAGCAAUUAUCUUUAUUAUCCAUACAGUCAAAGUAGUAAAAGGACAAGAGGGAAAAGGACAGAUGGUGUAGAAAUAGCCCAUGAAACACAAGAAAAUGGGGGGAAAUAUGAAGAACAAAAUAGUGUUACACGUAUUUCUACUCGUAAAGAGAAUAGGAUAGAACACGUAAAGGUAGAAGAGGUAUCAAUAAAAAGUAAAAAAGGGAACAACACCAAGAUGAAAAACGAAAUGAAGAGUGAAUGCACACAUGGAGGAAUUCAAAAUGAAGUCAUUCUCUCGAAGGAAGAUAUUCUAUCAAAUGCUAUGCUACUCCCAAGUGAUGUACUUCUCCCUAGUGAUGUACUUCUACCGAGUGAUAUACUUCUCCCGAGUGAUGUGCUUGUCUCUAAUGAGGAAUUUCCAGUUAUAACUCCAAAGGUGGGAGAAGUAUCCACCUUUCAAGUUUGUGGUAUAAAUGAUUUAACUGAACGAGGUGAAGAGGAGAUCUUGAAGGAAAGUAGUGUGUUGCUGUUAGAUGAAAAUUGCUAUGAUUUGAGGAAGAAAAGAGAGGAUGGAAACAGCAGUAACCCCACUAUGAGCGCCUUCGUGGAUUCUGACAUAAACGAACACAGCAAUAAAAGUAAUAAAAGGAGUGGUAAUAGUAACACCAGUAGAGGUGUUAACAAUAGUAUUAACCAUAAUAGUAUUAACUACAGUAGUAACAAUAACAUUAGUAACGGAAUGAAGAGCAACUACCAGAUGAGGCGCGGUAAGGCAAGCGCAGUGAUAAACAUACAAGGUGGUAAACAAAAUCAAUCAUCAUUAAAUAGAAGCAUCAAGAGAAGAUUAUCACAAGUUCUGGACAACAUGAGGAGAAAGCAGAUAUUCGAUAGAAUCAGUUAUGCCGACGAUUAUGCAGAUGUUUAUUUCGGAAGGAAGGGAGGGGUAGAGGCAGAAGCGGAUGGGAUUGAGGCAAAAUCGGAUGGGAUUGAGGCAAAAUCGGAUGGGAUUGAGGCAAAAUUGGAUGGGAUUGAGGCAAAAGCAGACAGGGUUCAGGCAAAAGUUGCUGGAGGGGAGGUACUGGUCCAAGGGGGAAUCGAAUCUAUCGAUGCGGGAAUAGAACAUACCCAAGGAGGCAUUGAUAGAGAGAAGGAAAAAAAAGAAACGAAAAGUAUAAUGCAGAGUAGGACAAAUGAUCAAAGAAAGGGCGAAACAGAUGAAUAUAAAUUAAAAAAGGAUAUUGCCCCAUAUAUGAAUCAUAUAAAUAUAGACAUUAUGUAUAAUAAACUUCAUUAUGAUAUGUACAAAGACGAAAAAGAGUUUAAUGAAGAUAUGCUUAUAAUUUUCAAUAGUAUUAAAAAAGUCAUUGAACAAACAGAGGAUGAAAAGGAAAAAAUGCAUUUAUUCAACUUACGAACAAAAGCAUUAAAAGAUUAUGAAAAUGAAUUUUAUAAACUUUUGGUGUCCAUCAGAGGGACAAAGGAAGCAAAGAAGUUUGUCAAUAUGCAAAUGGAAUACAACAGUGAGGAGGAAAAAUUUUUUGCAAAAAUGUUCACGCAGGUGAGUGGAAGAAGUGAAAGUAGAGCGGAAGGUAAAACGGAAUCUAAAAGCGGAGUUGGAGGCGAUAGAUAUACCUUAGAUAGUAGAGGUAGAGAAGGAAGGAAUACAAGAUACAAUAAAUUAAAACAAAGCAUUUCUUUGUUAAGACUGAAGGAGGAGGAAGAACAGGAGGAUAUUGAAUCGAAAGAAGGAAUAUAUGAAGAACCAUUCGACAGUGAAAUGUUUGAAGUGCUCAAAGGAAGAGAUAUGUCCAUAGAUAUUGCCGAAGGGGAAACACCUAUAGGUGUAGAUGUGCUAUCUAAAGGUGAAGUUAGCACUGUAUGUAGGGGUGAACAAUCUAACACAGUAGGUUCGUCAUCCUUUAGAUUGAAACUAAGACUGAGCAGUGUAUCCUUUGGAAAUGCAAGUAAAGAUGAUAACCAUAUGGGUGGUGAUGCUACUGAGCAUGCUAUGGAGGAUUCGAUCUGGUAUGUCGAUGAACGUUUAAACGAACGCCCAAAUGAGCAACUAAACAUAAGCAGCAGUAGCAGUAACGGAAAAGCUUACGGAAGGGGGGAAGUGUAUAAGGAUGUUGUACAAAACACUCAAGUGGAUAGCAGUUUUGCUCCACUUAGAAAAAGAAGGGAAAGGAAGGACUCUAUCCGAGAGGGUAUCAGGAACAGUGAAAUGGAAGCAGAGAAAGAGGAGAUGGUACAACAGAAGCAUGAGAAGGAUGAUGAUAUCGAUCGUGGAGACAAGUGGGGGGAAACAACGAGGUAUCAUUUGAAGGGGAAAAGGGGUGAAGAAGAAUGUGAGGAUAUUAGUGGGAUAAGCGGCUUCGAUUGGAUUAGUGGCUGCGAUGGAAUUAGCCGCAAAGGUGUGAGUACAAGUGGGGUUGGUGUAGUCAACAUGUCGAGUGAUAAGAUAGGAGGAAAGGCUGAGGUCAAAAGGACAUUAAAUCAAUGGGAAAAAAUGUUAAGAGAUAAUGUUUUGAAACUACUAAAGAGUGAUAGUAACUCUGUUUAUUUUCGAAUUCCUGUUUUGGAGGACAAAAACAUCAAUGAAACGAUAAAGAGAGAGUAUAAAGAAAAGAUAAAGAAACCUAUGGAUUAUUUAACAGUUUCGAAAAAAUUAUCAGAAGGGAUAUACAAAAAACCAGAGGAUUUUUAUUUAGACAUGAAGUUAAUUUAUAAGAAUUGUCUUGAUUUUAAUCCAGAUAUAUCACAUAAUCAGUAUAUUAUAGAUGCAGCCAAAAGCAGUGCGGAUAAAUUUGAGAAUUUAUGGUUAAAGUGGAAAGAUAAAAUACAUAAUAGCUACCUGGAUUUGAAUAAUAAUGUAUUUAAUGUAAAUUACUAUUUUGAUUUUUUUAAAAAUAGUAUGAAAAAAUAUAGUUCUAUAUAUGCCUUAUGGAUGAACUACCUUAUAAGCAAUAAAAUAAAUUUUGAAGAAUUUUGUAAAAUUAGAAAUAUAAAUGUUAAAGAAUUGAAUGAAAAAAGCAAACCGAAGAUAAAUCUUAAAAAUGUAAAUCUGAAGGAUUAUAAAAACUUAAACAAGAGCAAUUUGUUUUUUUAUGUUUUUAAGAAAGAGUAUGAAUACAUUUUAAAUAUUAACAAAAAGGACAGAGUGGCUAUUAACUAUGAUGAGAAUUACGAGUUGCAACUGAAGAGGGGAAGAACGAAUGCUGCGGUGGUGGUGACAAGUAAAGGAGCAAACGAAAGCGUAAGUGAAGAGGUGGGUAAACAGCAGAGCAAACAGAUGGACAAACAGAUGGACAAACAGAUGGACAAACAGAUGGACAAACAGAUGGACAAACAGGUAGUCAAACAGGUAGUCAAACAGGUAGUCAAACAGGUGGGUAGACAUGAAGAUAAGCAUGCAGAUAAGCAUGCGGGUAAACAUGUAGGCAGUAAAAGCGGAAAUAAGACCACGGGUAAAAGAGUAAAUGAUAAUACGACGGACGACAUAAACACGGGUCGCAUUAACUCAAAAGAAGAAAUUAAAAUAAUAUUGAGGAAUAAGAAGAGUGAAAAAAAAGCAUACCAUACGAGAGUAGUGAGAGAAGGAAAGGAAAAGAAAAUAGCGUCUUCUAAAGCGUUUAAAAGAAAUAGAAGAAAAAAUGGGUAUAAUAAUAUUAGUAGUAGUGUUAAUAAUGGUAGUAGUACUUAUGGUAGUAGUUUUGGAUGUAGUAGUGGUAAUAGUAGCAGUAGUAAUGGUAGCAGUAGUAGUAAUGGUAGCAGUAGUAGUAAUGGUAGUAGCAGUAGUAAUGGUAAUAGGGGAAAUCAAAAUAACGGGGUAAUAUACUUUGAAGAGAAUAUCUUUGAAAAUUAUUUAGACAACAAAAAGAGUUGUAUGAUGAAGUAUGAAAAUAAUAUAUUCAUUACAGACUGUUUCUAUUAUAAAAAUAUAUUCAAAAAUUUGUAUGAUUUCAUUGAUGAAAACUCGACAGAUGAUAACUCGAAUGAAAUGCAUAAGAUGCUACCGUGGAACGGUGCGCGCAGUGGACCUUACCAUGCAGAAAGGGAAGUGCAUGUUAUUGAAAGUGACAACGAGAAGGAAAAUAACUUGGGAAAUUCGGUGAACGUGAAAAAAAAAAAAGAGAAAGAAGAGAAAAAUUAUGAUAAAAAUUAUGAUAAAAAUUAUGAUAAAAAUUAUGAUAAAAAUUAUGAUAAAAAUUUUGAUAAAAAUUUUGAUAAAAAUAAUGAUAAAAAUUAUGAUAAAAAUUUUGAUAAAAAUAAUGAUAAAAAUUAUGAUAAAAAUUUUGAUAAAAAUUAUGAUAAAAAUUAUGAUAAAAAUUUUGAUAAAAAUUAUGAUAAAAAUUAUGAUAAAAAUUAUGAUAAAAAUUUUGAUAAAAAUUAUGAUAAAAAUUAUGAUAAAAAUUUUGAUAAAAAUUAUGAUAAAAAUUUUGAUAAAAAUUAUGAUAAAAACAGCGAUGCAAAUUGCGGGAUGACUGAGGAAGGAUCUUCUCAACAGGAACAAACAGAUCUUCCCCUACAAGGUGGUAUGAGAAAUGGUAAAAGAAAAUUCUUAGGCAAUGAAAAGAUAUGUAUAAGUUUUAAAAGGAAAAGAAGGACGACUAAAAUUGUGUGCAAGCAAUUUCAGAUGCAUUCUGAGGACAGUAGUAGUACCCCUGAGGAUGAUGUUCUAUCGAGAGGAACAGUUCUAAAGGAUGGUAAGGAAGUGGUAGCACAACCAUUGUACGAAGUGGGGGUGGAGGUAGAGCAGCCGCAUGAAGUCAAGGUCUGGACGAAAUUAUGUCCAGAAGAAGGGAUUAUCCGUGAUGUACCUGAUAAGGAGGUGAAUAACGUCGGAAGCGGCAUUGGAAUGUUAGAAGUGGCAGGCAACAGUAGUAGCAGUGUUGUCCGUGUGUGUGAGAAUGAUUCGAGGGAAGGUGCGGUGGAUGUAAAUAAUUGGGAAGAGUUUAUAUGCAAACAAGAAAAUGGCACUGUUUAUGUAGGAGAUAAAGAGAACGAGUGGAGUAGUGGACGAGUUGACUUAGGACGAGAUGAUGAAGUACUUGAAAUUUUAGGGAAAUUGGGUGGUAGUGUCAGUACAGAGAAGGAAGCAGUGGCAGAAGGGGUAGAAGUGAUAGAAGUAGUAGAAGCGGAAAAGGGAACAACAUCAAAGGUGGUAGAAGCGGAAAAGGGAACAACAUCAGAGGUGGUAGAAGCGGAAAGGGGAAUUACAUCAAAGGUGGUAGAAGCGGAAAGGGGAAUUACAUCAAAGGUGGUAGAAGCGGAAAGGGGGGCUACAUCCGACGUAGCGGAAGCUGAGGAAAGCGCAGAUAGUCUGGAAGACUCCGUUCUCUUCAAUAUCAGCAACAAGGAUAUGUACAAUUUCCACAUUUUAUUUGAAAAGGAUAAAAAGUUGAAGGAUGAGUUUUUUUUGAAAAAUCAUAUUAGUGAAAAGACGUUACUGUUAAACUUACAUAUGGAAUACAGUAGUUUACUUGAUCAGUCCUUUUUUCCAGUCAGUGAUACAUAUUUUUACAAUUAUUAUUUUGAUGAUCAUUUUUUCUUUUUUAUAAGAUCAAGUCACAUGUUAAAUUUAUUUAUAAAAGUUCAAAGGAAAAAUAUAUUACUUAGUCAGGAAAUAUAUUUCGAGUUUUUAAAAAUCCAUCUAAUGAACAAAUGCAAAACGAAUACAGACAUCGAAUUUUAUUUGUGUAAUUACUCAGCUAGUAGUGAAGAUACGUUAGUCCAUUUUCUUGAAAAAUGCUUUAAGCACUUGAAUGCGCAAAGUUCGAACGGUAGUUCCUUGCGCUUGUACGAUGCAGCUAACGAGAUUUCCUUCCUCCUAUCGCAAAUACGGAUGUACAUCCGGGAGGUAGACAUUCUGCUGAGGAUAGACAUUGACAAGACGACACACACCACCACGAUAAGUAUUUUAAAGAAGAAGUUAUUGUGA